GGUUAAAUAUUGCCUAGUAUCAGUAAUACACAAAAUUAUAAAUUACACAAAGUCGAAAUCUGAAAAGUCGAAAUCAUUAUAUCUGUAAAUCCCCUAAGAUUUUUCCAUGUGAAUGUAAAAUAGGUACAAAUUAGUGGAGUAUUUGGAUAGUAUUGGAUAGUAUGGAGACUAACGACAUAGGCGCUUCUACUGCUGAAGCAAAUGCAAUUCAAGGAACUACAACUUCAGCGGUUUCUGGUCCAGACGCUUCAGAUCCCCGUGGUUUUCCUCUUAAUGCUACAGAAGUACACAGGCUGCCAAAGAUUUCCUUCAGUGAUAAUUCGAGUUCGAUUGUGCGGUGUGUACCGAACGAAAGAGCCACAUUUUUUGUAAAAAUCGAUUGUGAAGAUGAAGAAAAUUUGCUGCCAUUGAAAUUCGAAUGGAGUCGUGGCGAAAUACCCAUCGAAAAUUCCGAUCGCUUCCGUAUAACACAGACAAGCAAUGCAGUUCAAUUGGCAGUUGAGCAUGUACAACGAGAUGAUGCUGGUCAUUAUACGCUUUUUGCACGCACAAAAGGCAACGAUGUUAUUCGUAAGGAUGUCGAACUUAUAGUUGAGGACAGAUCGGCAGGUGAUGAUCCUCCAAUAUUUUUACGAAGGCUUAUAGAUUUAUCUGUAAAAGUUGGCACACGUACUAGGCUAUUGGCCGAAAUACGUAGUUCUACCGAUGUUAAGUUAACUUGGUAUCGAAAUGAUCGACGAAUAUGUGAAAACGAUAGAGUUAAAGAAACAAACGAAGGUACCUUUCAUUAUCUUGAAAUAAGUCCGGUUAUUUUAGAGGACGGUGGCCAAUGGAUGCUUAUGGCUGAAAAUUUGAGUGGUCGAAACUCUUGCAUUGCCCAUUUAAAUGUAUUAGUGCCCAAAGCUUAUAAAGCACCAGAAUUUAUUGAUGAAUUGAAGGCAGUGUUAACUGAACAAGGCACGGUAUCACUUGAGUGCAAGGUUGUUGGUGUACCAACACCGCAGCUGCGUUGGUUCAAGGAUUCCAAGGAAAUUAAGGCUGGAGAUGUUUAUGCACUGACAGCUAAUGCUGAAGACCCAACGUCGUUAGGUACAUACACUUGUGAAGCUGUUAAUUGUAUGGGUAAAUCAUAUUCGAGAUCCAAGUUGCAUGUUGUUGGGCGUGGUAGUCGCGAAGGUUCUUUAAAACCGGCUGAUACUGUAUCCAGUAAUGCAUCCCCACCGAUAUUUACGAACGAGUUGCGCGAUGCUAGCAUACGCAUUGGCGAUACAUUGAUACUUGGAUGCCAAGUGGUGGUGCCACCUUGGCCGAAAAGUGUUACAUGGUACAACAAAGUUGGGCGAGUCGAAUCAUGUGAAAAAUACAAAUUAAUUGAAGAUGGUCUUGGCGUUUAUAUGAUUGAAGUUAAGCCCUCUGAUAGCUGUGAUGAGGGUGAGUGGAAGUGCGUUGUUACCAGCUUAGAGAGUUGUGUAGGCAUUUCUACCUGCAACGUUAAAAUGGACAUUCCGAAGAACUACCGUAAACCCAGAUUUAUGGAAAGCUUGCGCGCCGUACUUACAGAGGAAGGAUUGGUUUCAUUUGAAUGUAAAGUAGUUGGUUUUCCCACACCUAUAUUAAAAUGGUUUAAAGAUGGUCAGGAAUUAAAACCAGGAGAUGUUUAUCAGUUAACAGGUACCAACUCAUUAGGUACUUAUUGUUGUACGGCUAAAAAUUGUAUGGGUGAAAGCAGCAGCGUAGCUGUACUUACAGUAGAAGAUAUAGAAAAUCAACUUAAUGAUGAAGAACGUCUAAUGCUUGCUAGUCAAAAUCAACCUCCGAAAUUUGUUGUGGGUCUUAAAAGUCAGGAUGCAAAAAUUAAUGAACCUUUUCAGUUUACUGUUAAUGUUAAGGCGCUACCUGAUCCUAUUUUAUCUUGGUUUAGAGAUGAACUACCUAUUGAACCAAACGAACGUUAUAAUCACUAUCGUGGAGAAAAGGAAAAUUGGCAUUUAGAUAUACGUACUGUUGAAUUCGUUGAUCAAGCCGAAUGGAAAUGUGUGGCAGUAAAUGAUUUUGGAACGAGUAUAACCUCAUGUUUUUUGAAAUUGCAAAUACCUAGGCAUUAUAAAAAGCCACGUUUUUUGGAAUGUUUGCGCGCUGUGCUCACCGAAGAAGGCGCUGUGAAUUUAGAGUGUAAAGUGAUUGGUGUACCUCAACCAGUAUUAAAAUGGUAUAAAGAUGGAGUGGAACUCAAACCUGGCGAUAUACAUCGUAUAAUUUCAGGGCAAGAUGGUACUUGCUGUUUGGGUACAUACACAUGUGAAGCCAGAAAUUGUAUGGGGGUGGUAGCGAGUUCUGCUUCGUUGUUAGGCUUUGAAGAUGCAUAUAAGAACGAAAAUGCUGCAAAGACACAAGAAAAAACUGAAAAUGAACUACAGCGCAAUUUCUCGUUAUCGACCAUACAAGAAGAACGCACAUCGCAACUUUAUGAAACACCUAUGGGUGAUAUUACAAUUGACGAAAAAGGUGAUAUUUCAUUUUCUUUUGAUGGUAAAGAAGUAUCUGUUUCGUUGUAUGAAACUCCGGAUAUAACUGAAGAAGAAGCACUUAAAAUAGUGGAAAUGUAUGCAGAUCAGAUUUCUGAGCAUAUAACAGAACACAAUAUUGUAGAACUGCCUCCAUUGCGUUGUGUUAAAGAAACCUCACAAUCUGGUAAACUACUUAUGGAAGCUGUGGUAAUUGAUAUAUGUCCAGAGUACUUUUCUCAUGAGGAAGAUAUGCGUACAGAAGCUGACAUGGAUGAUAUUUCUAUAACUGAAAUUACUGUACAUGGCUCUUCAGGACGUGAAGGUGUAUUUGACAAAGAAACUGAAAACUUUGUUCAAAAAUCAUUUGAAAAAAUGGAAGAAGAACUAUCAUUGUCCGCACCUGUUGCUAGAAAAAGAAAAAAAUCGCGCCCUACAGAGACAGAUGAAUUUUUCAGUUUAUCAAAAGCCUCUAGUAGCCAGGGGGAUGAUGACACAUCCGACUUACAAACAUAUGCAAGCGCACAAAUGUCAGCUAAAGUUGAAUCUACUUCUGCAAAGAAAAGUGACGCAACUGAACAAACCGAUUCCGUCAAGCCACCUAAGCGCAAGAAAGGUAAAAAACAAUCUGAUACGGAUUCUUCAAAAACAGGUGAUGAAGAGGCAAAAUUGCUGGAUAUUUCAGGCGCUGUGGGAGAUGGUUUAAUGAUGCCUGCUUCUCAGCCAACUAAAGUAAUAUCAAAUGCAGCUGAAAUAGAUAGAAAUUUGAAGUGUUUGUUGCCUUUAGCAAAAUCUUUACAAAUUGUGGAAAACAAUUUGACUGCCGUAAAGAGUGAAGUUGUUGCACAGUCCGCCAUGCUUAUGACAGCUUCUUCUGCUGAUCAAAGUAUAGCAAUUAUUCAUAAUGUCAUCGAACCAAUUAGUCAAAUUCACAGUAAACUGCGUGCUUACUCUGGUGAAACUCCACUUGAUGUGCUCUUUCAAGCAAUGGAGGAAGAUAUACGAAAAUUACACACAGCACUACAGGUUAUAGAAAAAUGUGUUGAAAUUGAUGAAACUGGUGUAACUCUAAUACAAAGAACCAGUGUUUGCAUAAUUGAUAGUAUUGGAAAUCAUAUGAUCAAAGCUUUAGGAGAAUUAAAAAAUGUUGCAAGACAUUUUGAAAAAGCCUCUUUGAGGGCUCAAAUUGAACUUAGAGCUUUGGACAUACAACAGGGUCUUGAAAUUACCCAAGGAACAAUUAAAACUCAAACUUUAAUACAAGAAGCACAAGAGUUGGAAGCAGAGAAGCAUUUAUCUGAAACAGUUGCCAAGCUGCAGGAAGCACCAGAACCGUUACCUUUUGAUAAAAUUUCAAAAGCUGAGCUACCAAGUUAUGCAGAUGCACUUAAGAUUGUUUGUGAGCCUGUAGUUAAAAUUCAAGAAGCUUUGGAACGUGUUGAAAAUGAAUUGUCUCUUGAGCAAAACGAAGAAGAAAUAUAUAAAAAGGUACAUGCAAAAGUUUUGGAGAAUAUAGUGGAACCUAUUAAGGAGUUACAAGUUGUAACUGAACGAAUUGAACAAAAACCAGAACUACUAACUGGAAUAGAAUCAAUGGAACAAAAAGUAAAUAUGGCAAUAUUGGAUAUCGUCACACCACCCUUAUUCGAGUUGAAAAAAGGGCUUGAGAUUAUACUUAAUGAACCUUCGGGCAACAUCGAAUCGGGUAUGUUAACAGUGCAUACAGUUGAAGCAAUGGUGCCGCCAUUGCAGGAAAUUCAAAGUGGCUUAUCUCAGUUAGGUCAAGAUAUACAAACCGGACAAAUAAAUGAAGAUUUUGGUCUGGAUUCUGCUGAUACACAAAAACUUCUACAAUCAAUUGCACAAUCUGUGCUACAUUUUGAAUCGAAUAUAGAAAGACUUUCUCCGCGUCUAUCACAAAAUAUACAAACUGGGCUUUAUAAUUUGAAAGAAGAAAUGUCGGCAUUAAUAAGUAAUAUUUUGGACGGUUCUAUAAAUAAAUAUCAUGUUACACUUUUUGAAAAUUUAAAGAGGCCUGUAGAUGAAGUGAAUUAUUGUUUAAGACAAAUAGAAGAAAAAUCAAUGUCAGGUUCUCUAGCUGAUCUAAUAGAUCCUCUACACAGCUUAAAUGAACGAGUGAGAUUAGGCCGGGAUAUUUUAAGUAUACCUGGUUCACAGCAAAAUGAAAAACAUUUACGUGUUCUGGAUCAAAUGCAUAAAAUUAUUAAAAACAUUGAAAUAGAUGUGGAGGAACACGAAUUUAAAAUUUUGCAAAAGGAAAUAAAACUCGAUGAAAUUGAGGCUUCUGAACAAGAAAAGUCAUUUAUUUCAAUGAGGGAAGUAAUGGAAAUAAAAAUUGCACAGGAUGAAAUUAUCGGAAAUGUGUCAAAUUUAUAUGAAAUAAUUUCUGAAGUUUGUAAGCAACAAACUUUGGACGGAAGUACUAAGGCGAUUUUAACGAAUUUACAAAAGCCAGUGAAAUGCAUUUUAACUGAAUUGAAAACAGCACAAGAAACUAUAGAUACAACAGAUUCACAAGCCAAAAAAUUAAAUAAAUAUUUUGUGCAAGUUUUCAGUUCUUUACCAAUACAAAAUCUAGUAAAUACUCUUCAAGGUGCAGCUAAGGUAGUAGGCACUAAGCAAUUUAUUCAGCAUGUAAAUCAAAAUACAAAUCUUAAAGCUUUAUGUGUCGAACUGCAAGUAGCUUUAAGUCAGACAGCAACUGGGAUUGAGGUUCCAGUGGAGUGGUACAAUACGCCAACAGCAGAUGCUCUUAACGAAGUUGUGAACAAUUUGGAAAAGUUAGUACAACAUGGUACAGAAGUUGCUGAAGAAAGUUCCACUCUCGAAGAUAUAUCCAUUAUAAAGUCUGUAACUGAAUCUUUACCGCCUGAAGACAAAUCUGUAUCUAAAUCGGCUAUAAAAAGUGAACAGAUGACUUCACAAGUAGUUACAGAAGAAAGUAAACCAAAAGAAAAAGUUGAAAAUAUGAUGGCCCAACUGAAAAACAGUAUCUCUUCUGUAUUAAUGCAAUGCGCUGAAAUAAAUCCAAGUUCACUACAAAUUGAAGUAGCAAAACAAGUCAAGGCAACUGUAACUACACUGCAAGAUAUUGCGCAGUCUAUCGCUGAGAAACAGCAGAUCAGCCUUAUGGAACCAUUGAUCUCUAUGUCGGAAUGUAGUAGUGAUCACAGAACUUUGGCAGAUGCAGUUCAUAGCCUGGAGCAGUGUAUUGUGGAUGUUCAACAGUUUGUGUUGCAAAGUGAAUUGGAUGAAUUAAGUGAUAUGCAAGUAAGUGAAUUAAAAGUGCUUGCUGCACCUUUAACAGAACUGCAACAGAGCCUGCAAGUAUUCCAUACACAAGAACUAGAACAAGUUAUAAGUAUGUCAACUCCUCAAGUCACUGAAACUGCUGCUGAUGUUGUUCAAGGGUUAAGAGCGUGUGUACUGUCAAUUAAUGAGUUACAUGCUCUAGAAGCACUGGAAAGCAUGGCAGUAGAUGAAUCACUUUCGCAUUUAAAACAAUUCAUAGCACCAAUACAAGAAUUAACUAAAGCAGUUCUUACUGUAGAAGAUCAAAUGCAUUUAUCACAAAUAGAAACUUUAUCUAACCAGGAAAGUCUUGCUAAAAUUGCUGAAUUUGCACAAUCACUUCUAGGAAUACAGAAAGCAUUAGUAAAUGUACAGGAAAUAACGCCUUAUGGUAAUCUCGAAGAGUGUGCCUCUUUAAAGGUGGUAAAAGAUCAAAUUGCACCCAUUUAUGAGUUGCUUAAACACUGUGAGCGGGUAAAUAUUGAUUUACUGGAGAAUGCAAAAGAACUUUCAACUCAAGAAGAUAUAUCUGCGCUUAAGACAUUCGCUGAUAUUAAACCAAGUGCAUUUAAGUUGGAAGAACCCGUUGAGGCUAAAUUGACUGAAGUAAAAGUUAGCGAUCUUAGAAAUUCCGUAGCUGGUGGUUUAAAGCAUAUACAGAACUGUUUAGAUUUAACAAAAGAGACAAAUGUGGCUGAAAUUCAUGAAAUUGGUCAGGUUAUGCAAGAGCUUAAAAGUGGUUUGGAGGAGAUACAAAAUCAGCUUGUGAAAUCUACUGAUCAACCACAAGAGACUGUAUUAGCGAAUUCCAAUAUAGCAAAAACUUUGUUUAAACUCAAAGAAUGCCUAGUACAUACUUAUGACUCUUCUGAGUUUGAUAGCGACUCUGCGUUAGAUGAUAUUGAAAAGACAUUUGAAGAGAUUUUACAGACUUUACCAACACUAGAAACGCAAUUAGCCAAUGAAAUGUUUGAAAAAAUACGAAAUGAAGUUGCUGCAUUUUUAAAUAUAUUUAAUCAAACAUCGAGUAAAAGUGUUUUAAACGAAUUAAUCGGGCCACUAACAGGCUUAAUAGAAAGUUUGGAGACUGUUUGUGCAGCGAGCCAGAAAAAUGUUGAAAUUGAGAAGUCCUCAAUGCUGAUAGCAAAUCUACAAUCUCAAAUAAUGGCAACAUUUAGAGCUAUCAAUGAAACAAAUGAAGUAAUUAAUAAAAGUUUGCUUAUUGAAAUGGAAAAAAUUCAGAAUGGCAUUUUAACAAUAUUUGAUACGAUCGAACAAAGCGACAGUAAUUUGAGAAUUAUAGAACUAUUACAAGAGAUGGAUUCAUUGACACCGCAUUUAAAGAAUUUCAUAUCGAAAGUCUCAACAAUAAAUAUGAAUAAUUUGAUCAAGAACGUGAAUUCCGCUCAAGCAUUUCUACUACAUAUACAUAAAGGCUUAAACGAUAAUGAUAAAUUGACGAACACCUUUAUGGUUGAAAAUCGGCAGCUUGUAGAACAAUUGGAGAACACAUUGGUGUCAGUUGAGAAUGAGCUUAUACCAAAGAAAGAUUUUCUUAAUCUAACUACUGAACAAUACGAAUUAAUAGAAUCCAUAGAAAAACAAUUAAAAGUACUACAAGAAAAGUUAGUUGCUCUACGAGUUCUAGUGGAAUCCACAAUUCAGUUAGAAGAGAGUGAAGCACUGGAAUAUAAGCUAGAUCAAAAAAUGGAAUCAAUAUCAAAAAAUAUUGAUUCCAAAAUAUCAAAAGAAGUUCAUAAACAGGAUGACAUUGCUGAUUCGUCCUUACAGGAAAAUAAAAUCGAUAUUACAGAAGAAACUUUCAAAAAAGAUGAUGAAAAACUGGAAGAACUAAGAAUUGAAUUAGUUAAAUCUCCUGAACUUGAAAAAGCCAAGAAAACUGAAUUGCAACAAGAUGAAGAAGAAAUAGUAGAAACAAUUAAAAUUCCGGAACAACAUCAACCGGAAAUAAUAGCACAAAUAGACCAAUCACAACAGAUAGGUCGAUUUGAAGAAAUUCAACAGUUAGAAGCUUCUAUAGAUGCUGUCACAACCGUUGAAGAUAAAUUUAUAACUGAACAGGUCAUAACACCUACUAUACUUCAAAAGCCUGAAGAAAUGAUAACAUUGCAGCAAGUAGUAAAUAUUGAUGGUACUUUACUAGAGAAAGGAGUUGAAUCAACAGAAGAAUUAAUUCAAAAUGCUGGUGUUGAAGUUAAAGCUGAAGAAAUGAUUACAGAAACACUUGAAUCUAAAAUACUAGCGACGGCAGAGGCAACUGUCGAAGCGGUCAAACAAAAAAUGCAAACUACAGAAAUCUUAAUAAAAGAACAACCAGAUAUAGCUGGGGAAGAGGAUAAACCGACGGAACAAUUGAAGCAAAUAUCUGUUGCAGCAGAAGUGACAAGCGAUGUUUCGCAAGAAGUUCUAAUUUCUGGGGACAACGCCAUGCCGAUAGAAAAGCAGCUUGAGGUGUCUACUGAAGCAAAAGUACAAGCAAGUGAUUCUACAGAUGAUGUAGUCAAUGAUAUGCAGCAACUUAUCUCCACUCCUACGGAAAUCGUAAAUCCAGAAGACAAUAUUAUUCCUGUAGAAGCAGAAAUUCAAAAUAAAUUAGAAAAAGGUGAGUUUAGUGUUACUGAUUUACAGGAGCAAAAAGUUGAGGAAUUACAAUCGGACUCAAUCAUACCUGAAACGUUAGUAGAUGCAUCUGCAGCAGUUAGGCAACAACAAAAAGUAGAUGUAGCAGAGGAAGUAUGUGAUCAAGUAGCACAGAAUAAAGAGGAAUUAGCAGUAGAACAGAGCAUACUACAAAAUAUACAAUCGAUUUUAAGCGAUAUUAAAACAGCAAAAGAUGUGAAAAUCUGUAAAUCAUCGGCUGAAAUUUUAAAUUCUAUUGAAACAAUUUUUAAUGAAAUUAAGUUGGCAAUUUUAAGCGACAACCCAACUUUAGUAGAAGACAAUUUAUUCUUACCUAUGUUUAAAUUGAAAGAUUUACUUUCAUUUAUUAAAAAUACACCAAUAAAAAUGAGUGAUGUAGAUAAACCUUUAUUCUGUGGCUUGGUUACCAAGUCAGAUGCAAUCUUUAGAGAAAUUUUGAACAACAAGGACUCGCUAAGAAAAGCUUUUGUGCAAGAUAUAUUAGACACAAUACAACCUGUCACAAAUACUGUUAUCACUUACAUAAAGGAAGCUUACCCUGACAAUGCCGUCCUUCAUCCAGUUACAUCCCUAAUACAAAACCUAAGUGAAGAGCUAAUAAAUAUUGCCAAUCCGAACACUGUAACACUAGAUCUGAAUACACCAUCCUAUAUAAAUACAAAACAACAUUUAACAGAUCUCGCAACUAUUUUAAAAGAGUUGCAGGUGUUGAGUUCGUUUAAUUCAAUUGACACAAAACAAACAAAUCUCCUAAAUCUAAUAGAUGCUCUACACAAGGAUAACAUAGAAACUAUGGAAUUCUUUGAAGAAGUUGGAAUUGUUAAAGAUUGCCUAUUGGCUUUGUUAGAAAUGAUUAAAUCUGAAAAGAUACACGUAUCUCUUAAUGAAACGCAUAAAGAAGAAAACCAGAGUGAAAAUUUAGAAAGGAUAAAUGUUUUGAUGGAAAUAAUAAAAAAUAAUGACGAUUUGUUGAUGCUAGAAAAUGAAUUAAAAGAUUUACUAAACCAACCUUUUGAUGAUGAACGUUUUUCGAAAAUAGUUUUUAAAUUAAAGGAACACAUUGUUCACACUUACGAUGGUGGGCCAUUGACAGAUAACGAACAAACUGAAAUGAUAGAAAAGCUUGUAGAUUCUAUUGUAGAACAAAAUGCCCAUGUUUCACACAAAUUGUCGAACGAGUAUUUUAUUGCUACCAUAAAAAAUUUAGACGAUAUUCAAUCCAGAAUAAAUUCCCUCAGCAAUUGUACAGUAUAUGAAAAACUAGAUCGAUUUACACCGAUAUUAAAAUUCCUGAAACAAAAUGCUGAAGAAUUAAAAGAACUCAAAGAAGUAGAUAAGUCAUCUAGAUUGGCAGCUUCGUUACAAAAAAGCUAUAUGGACAUUUUUAUUUUGUUCGAUGAUUUAGGCACGGAUUCGCAAGGUGUCAAUAGAGAAUAUUUUGAGAAAGCAAAAUCCGUGGCUUUUCAGGAAUAUGAGGAUAUUGAAAAAUGUGAAAAACCUUUCAUAGCAGUUAAAGCCAGUGAAAAUCUAUUUCAUUUCACAAAAAUGAUUGAUGAAAUUUGCUGCAUCUUACAAAAUAGUGAACUGGCCAUAUUACCAGAAAACUUUAAAGACCAAAAUAUUAUAUCAAUUCACGAUGAAAAUAAGGAAAAUGUCAAAUCGAACACAGAAGAAAUUAAUGAAAAAAACGCUGUAACAAUAGAUGAAACAAUUAAAGAUGAGCUACUUAAUAAAGAUACAGAUAAGCAAGGUGCUGCAUCUAAAGCAGAAGUUGAUAAAUCUAAUGACGUUAGUGAAGUUUAUCAAGUAAAUGAAGACCAAAAUGAAAAAACUGACAUUUCGUUACCAGAAACUAAAGAGGUUUCUUUGAAAACGGAAGAAAAACAAAAAACAGAAACUGAUUUGAAGGAAUUAAUAGAACAACAAAUUGUGGAACCAUCUGCCGCAGAACCUUUCUCAAUUGAUCUAAUUGAAAACUUGAAAGAAGAAGCAAGUAUUGAAUUUAAUAUUCUUGAGGUAGUAGCUACAAUUCAAGAUCUCAUUCAAAAUGAUGAAACUCUUCAAGUCUUGGCAGAUGAUAUAAAUGCACUUACUCAAGUUCCAAACACAAGCGAGGAAUUAGCAAAAAUUGUCUUUAAGCUUCGGGAACAUAUCGUUCAUACAUAUGAUGGAGGACCUCUGACUGAUAAUAAUAAUGAUAGUAAUGCUCCUCAAAAAUUGAUGGAAUCAUUACUGCAAAAUGAAGAAGUUCAUAAGCAGUUAGCAAAUAAAUAUUAUGUCGAAAUUAUUAAAAAUACUGAUAUUAUAACAUCUAAAAUUCAAUCUUUGGAAGAUAAUCCAAUAUUAGACAAACUUCAUUUAUUACUUCCAACUGUGGAUUCCCUUAAACAAAUAACGGAACAUACAAAAGAUAUUAAAGAAUUGGACAAGUCAUCUGAAAAGAUAGUGGUGUUACAGAAAAACUUGAUGAAUAUGUUUGUAUUAUUUGAUGAUAUAACUUGCUUAGGUGCAGAGAAUUUGAAAUCAGAUCUAGAUCAAGUAAAGAAAACUAUUUUAGAAAAAUAUGACUCUAUAGAUAAUCUCCCGCAACAAGUUGAUACUAUUAAAAUUUGUGAGAAUAUAUAUCAAGUAACUAAAAUUGUUGAUAAUAUUUGCGAUAAACUGCAAGCAAACCAGAUACAGAGCUCAGAAAAGAUGGAAAUAGAUGAAAUAGUUGAAAAAAUAAAUGAAGAUGAAAAAUCGAAAGAAACUGAACAGAUGUCAGAAACAAUGAAGGAAGAGGAUAUAGUUUCAGAUGAUAUUCAAGAUUUAACCAUAAUAAAAUCAGUUGAAUCACAGACUAAAGAAGAGGAAAGAGUCAAUGUUACAAAAGAAAUAAUUGAUGAGGUUGAACAGAAGUCUGAACAAAUAACAAAGAAGUCUAUGGAAGAACCUAAUGAAAGUGCAGUUCAAUUGGACAGUGUAAAUGAAAUAAAGAAAGCAAUAAUUCCUGAUAAUGAAAUAGACAAAUCUUCCACAGAAAAUAAAAUUAAAGCAAUUAAUGAUGAGCUACUUCAGAAAGAAGAAGUAGAUAAGCAAGAAGUUGACGCAUCUGAAGUAGUAGAAAUUAGUAAAUCGGUUGAGAGCAUUGAAGUGCCCCAGGUAAAUGAAGACCAAAACAAAAAUACUGAUAUUUCGUUACCAGAAACUGAAGAGGUUUCUUUAAAAACAGAAGAAAAACAAAAACCAGAAACUGAUUUGAAGGAAUUAAUAGAACAACAAAUUGUGGAACCGUCUGCCGCAGAACCUUUCUCAAUUGAUCUAAUUGAAAACUUGAAAGAAGAAGCAAGUAUCGAAUUUAAUAUUCUUGAGGUAGUAACUACAAUUCAAGAUCUCAUUCAAAAUGAUGAAACUCUUCAAGUCUUGGCAGAUGAUAUAAAUGCACUUACUCAAGUUCCAAACACAAGCGAGGAAUUAGCAAAAAUUGUCUUUAAGCUUCGGGAACAUAUCGUUCAUACAUAUGAUGGAGGACCUCUGACUGAUAAUAAUAAUGAUAGUAAUGCUCCUCAAAAAUUGAUGGAAUCAUUACUGCAAAAUGAAGAAGUUCAUAAGCAGUUAGCAAAUAAAUAUUAUGCCGAAAUUAUUAAAAAUACUGAUAUUAUAACAUCUAAAAUUCAAUCUUUGGAAGAUAAUCCAAUAUCAGACAAACUUCAUUUAUUACUUCCAACUGUGGAUUCCCUUAAACAAAUAACGGAACAUAUAAAAGAUAUUAAAGAAUUGGACAAGUCAUCUGAAAAGAUAGUGGUGUUACAGAAAAAUUUGAUGAAUAUGUUUGUGCUAUUUGAUGAUAUAACUUGCUUAGGUGCAGAGAAUUUGAAAUCAGAUCUAGAUCAAGUAAAGAAAACUAUUUUAGAAAAAUAUGAUUCUAUAGAUAAUCUCCCGCAACAAGUUGAUACAAUUAAAAUUUGUGAGAAUAUAUAUCAAGUAACUAAAAUUGUUGAUAAUAUUUGCGAUAAACUGCAAACAAACCAGAUACAGAGCUCAGAAAAGAUGGAAAUAGAUGAAAUAGUUGAAAAAAUAAAUGAAGAUGAAAAACUGAAGGAAACUGAACAGAUGUCAGAAACAAUGAAGGAAGAGGAUAUAGUUUCAGAUGAUAUUCAAGAUUUAACCUUAAUAAAAUCAGUUGAACCACAAACAAAAGAAGAGGAAACAGUCAAUGUUACAAAAGAAAUAAUUGAUGAGGUUGAACAGAAGUCUGAACAAAUAACAAAGAAGUCUAUGGAAGAACCUAAUGAAAGUGCAGUUCAAUUGGACAGUGUAAAUGAAAUAAAGAAAGCAAUAAUUCCUGACAAUAAAAUAGACAAAUCUUCCACAGAAAACAAAAUUAAAGCAAUUAAUGAUGAGCUACUUCAGAAAGAAGAAGUAGAUAAGCAAGAAGUUGACGCAUCUGAAGUAGUAGAAAUUAGUAAAUCGGUUGAGAGCAUUGAAGUGCCCCAGGUAAAUGAAGACCAAAACAAAAAAACUGAUAUUUCGUUACCAGAAACUGAAGAGGUUUCUUUAAAAACAGAAGAAAAACAAAAACCAGAAACUGAUUUGAAGGAAUUAAUAGAACAACAAAUUGUGGAAACGUCUGCCGCAGAACCUUUCUCAAUUGAUCUAAUUGAAAACUUGAAAGAAGAAGCAAGUAUCGAAUUUAAUAUUCUUGAGGUAGUAACUACAAUUCAAGAUCUCAUUCAAAAUGAUGAAACUCUUCAAGUCUUGGCAGAUGAUAUAAAUGCACUUACUCAAGUUCCAAACACAAGCGAGGAAUUAGCAAAAAUUGUCUUUAAGCUUCGGGAACAUAUCGUUCAUACAUAUGAUGGAGGACCUCUGACUGAUAAUAAUAAUGAUAGUAAUGCUCCUCAAAAAUUGAUGGAAUCAUUACUGCAAAAUGAAGAAGUUCAUAAGCAGUUAGCAAAUAAAUAUUAUGUCGAAAUUAUUAAAAAUACUGAUAUUAUAACAUCUAAAAUUCAAUCUUUGGAAGAUAAUCCAAUAUCAGACAAACUUCAUUUAUUACUUCCAACUGUGGAUUCCCUUAAACAAAUAACGGAACAUAUAAAAGAUAUUAAAGAAUUGGACAAGUCAUCUGAAAAGAUAGUGGUGUUACAGAAAAACUUGAUGAAUAUGUUUGUACUAUUUGAUGAUAUAACUUGCUUAGGUGCAGAGAAUUUAAAAUCAGAUCUAGAUCAAGUAAAGAAAACUAUUUUAGAAAAAUAUGACUCUAUAGAUAAUCUCCCGCAACAAGUUGAUACAAUUAAAAUUUGUGAGAAUAUAUAUCAAGUAACUAAAAUUGUUGAUAAUAUUUGCGAUAAACUGCAAGCAAACCAGAUACAGAGCUCAGAAAAGAUGGAAAUAGAUGAAAUAGUUGAAAAAAUAAAUGAAGAUGAAAAAUCGAAAGAAACUGAACAGAUGUCAGAAACAAUGAAGGAAGAGGAUAUAGUUUCAGAUGAUAUUCAAGAUUUAACCAUAAUAAAAUCAGUUGAAUCACAGACUAAAGAAGAGGAAAGAGUCACUGUUACAAAAAAAAUAAUUGAUGAGGUUGAACAGAAGUCUGAACAAAUAACAAAGAAGUCUAUGGAAGAACCUAAUGAAAGUGCAGUUCAAUUGGACAGUGUAAAUGAAAUAAAGAAAGCAAUAAUUCCUGACAAUGAAAUAGACAAAUCUUCCACAGAAAAUAAAAUUAAAGCAAUUAAUGAUGAGCUACUUCAGAAAGAAGAAGUAGAUAAGCAAGAAGUUGACGCAUCUGAAGUAGUAGAAAUUAGUAAAUCGGUUGAGAGCAUUGAAGUGCCCCAGGUAAAUGAAGACCAAAACAAAAAUACUGAUAUUACGUUACCAGAAACUAAAGAGGUUUCUUUGAAAACAGAAGAAAAACAAAAAACAGAAACUGAUUUAAAGGAAUUAAUAGAACAACAAAUUGUGGAACCAUCUGCCGCAGAACCUUUCUCAAUUGAUCUAAUUGAAAACUUGAAAGAAGAAGCAAGUAUCGAAUUUAAUAUUCUUGAGGUAGUAGCUACAAUUCAAGAUCUCAUUCAAAAUGAUGAAACUCUUCAAGUCUUGGCAGAUGAUAUAAAUGCACUUACUCAAGUUCCAAACACAAGCGAGGAAUUAGCAAAAAUUGUCUUUAAGCUUCGGGAACAUAUCGUUCAUACAUAUGAUGGAGGACCUCUGACUGAUAAUAAUAAUGAUAGUAAUGCUCCUCAAAAAUUGAUGGAAUCAUUACUGCAAAAUGAAGAAGUUCAUAAGCAGUUAGCAAAUAAAUAUUAUGUCGAAAUUAUUAAAAAUACUGAUAUUAUAACAUCUAAAAUUCAAUCUUUGGAAGAUAAUUCAAUAUCUGAAAAACUUCAUUUAUUACUUCCAACUGUAGAUUCCCUUAAACAAAUAACGGAACAUAUAAAAGAUAUUAAAGAAUUGGACAAGUCAUCUGAAAAGAUAGUGGUGUUACAGAAAAACUUAAUGAAUAUGUUUGUAUUAUUUGAUGAUAUAACUUGCUUAGGUGCAGAGAAUUUGAAAUCAGAUCUAGAUCAAGUAAAGAAAACAAUUUUAGAAAAAUAUGACUCUAUAGAUAAUCUCCCGCAACAAGUUGAUACAAUUAAAAUUUGUGAGAAUAUAUAUCAAGUAACUAAAAUUGUUGAUAAUAUUUGCGAUAAACUGCAAGCAAACCAGAUACAGAGCUCAGAAAAGAUGGAAAUAGAUGAACUAGUUGAAAAAAUAAAUGCAAAUGAAAAACUGAAGGAAACUGAACAGAUGUCAGAAACAAUGAAGGAAGAGGAUAUAGUUUCAGAUGAUAUUCAAGAUUUAACCAUAAUAAAAUCAGUUGAAUCACAAACUAAAGAAGAGGAAAGAGUCAAUGUUACAAAAGAAAUAAUUGAUGAGGUUGAACAGAAGUCUGAACAAAUAACAAAGAAGUCUAUGGAAGAACCUAAUGAAAGUAAAGCUCAAUUGCACAGUGCAGAAGAAGUAAAGAAACCUAUAAGUUCAGAUGAUGAAAUAGACACAAGUUCCACAGAACUUUCUAUUGAUGCAUCUAAAUUGGAGGAAGCAAAAGAUAUUCAGAAAUUGAAGUCUAUUGAUGAUAAUAAACUAGAAGAAAAAAUUGUAAAAGAUGUCACAACGGAGUUGCUUGAAAAUGAGCCGACUCAAGCAGCAAAUGCAGUAAAAGAGGCAGAUAAAAUAGAUGUAAAGAGAGUAGAGUCUGCAGAUGACACUUUGAAUUAUGUUGACAAUUUAAUCGCAGUUGAAGUUGUAGCCCAGCAAAUUGAAGGAAAACACCCAACAAUCAGGAAAGAUAUGAAGGAGGAAAUUGAACAGCAAACAGAAAAGAUAGUAGAGGAUCAGAAUCUGCAGUAUAAAAAAGACAUUGAAGAUGAAAAUGAAGAUGUCAAAAAUCAAUCUAUGAUAGCUAAUGUAAUUGGGGAAGAAUAUUCUGAAAAAAUAUCGGUACAAGAAGUUCAUUUAGAAAAAGAAUUAGAAAUGAAUGAAGAAGUUAUUAAUGUUAUUGAUGAUAAGUUCGAUAUAAUUGAAGAGCAAUCCAAUGAAACUACUUUACAUAGCGAUAAAGAAGGAACUGUAGAGGAUUUAAAGGAAAAACAGAGUAGGACAACUGAAAUUGUUGAAUUACACCCUAACGAAUCUCAGGAACAACCA